CCGAGAUCGCUCACCUUGGCCUUGCUUUCAUCUCUGACGCGUACGAUCUCGAGCAUGAACCACUGCCUUGUAUCUUCCAAUACACUCUAGUCUUGUUUUCCUCUUCAGCAUCAUGUCUUCAGUGCUGAGAAGUAAACUGACCGGAUUCAGUUCACACCCCUAGUCGCGAUAUCAACUCUUCAGGCGGAACUUCUCGGACGUCCAAGGUCCAUAAGUAGCCCUUGAAGCUUUGAACCUGAACCCUCUUAUCCCCAGCCCACGCCAUGCCCAAUCCCGUCACACACGACUCCAAACCAGAGAAGGAAAGUUUCGACAAUGGUGCACAACGGAAUCGGACGCCCGAGAGGGCAUACGCUAAAAUACAGAACCCAUUACAUGGUCUCUCGCGGGAUGUUUUAUUAGAAAAAGUCGAGGUCACUCCAUUCUAUCUUCUUUGGUACGCAGUGAAGAUCGAAGAUUCUACAGGCUUUCGCCCGAGAAAAGGAUCUGGUUCAUAUCCUGCCGACCUACAGAAGGGUGCCUUCCUCGCCCAGAAUCCUUUGGACUUUGAGGCUAUGAAGCAACUGGACGAGGCUGAUCGCGCCGUUCUCCGUCUGGAGACGACAAACAAAUGGAGACAACCGCGCGCGUUGUAUCUGACUGUGAUCCUCUGUUCGAUCGCCGCUGCUGUUCAAGGAUGGGAUCAAACAGGCUCAAAUGGAGCCAAUCUGAGUUUCCCUGAAGAACUGCAUCACUUCUCCAGCACGACCGAACCUGAUCCCGUCAAGGCCAGUCGGAACCAGUGGAUUGUCGGUGUCGUCAACGCUGCACCUUACAUUGCCUCGUCCCUCAUCGGAUGUUGGACCGCGGACCCAUUGAACAACUUGUUCGGUCGUCGGGGUGCCAUCUUCAUCUCCGCUAUCUUCUGCACGUUCUCUGUUAUCGGUUCCGGCUUCUCACAGACCUGGCUGCAACUCCUGGUCACCCGGGUCCUGAUGGGCAUCGGGAUGGGCCUGAAGGCGACGACGGUUCCUGUCUUUUCCGCUGAGAACACCCCGGCAUCUAUCCGGGGUGGGUUAGUCAUGUCCUGGCAAAUGUGGACCGCUUUUGGCAUCUUCCUCGGCUUCUCUGCCAAUCUGGCGUUCUUCCAGAUGGGGCGUCUUGCGUGGCGCUUCCAAUUGGGCUCCGCCUUCAUCCCUGCCGUGCCGCUGCUUAUCGGCAUCUUUUCAUGCCCGGAAUCGCCGCGCUGGUUGAUGAAGAAGGAUCGCUACCACGAGGCGUAUAACUCACUUUGUCGUUUGCGCAACUCGGAGCUCCAAGCAUGCCGAGAUCUGUUCUAUAUCCACUGUCAGCUGCAGAAAGAACUCGCGGCCCUCGACAGAUCGACGUACUGCCGGCGAUUUCACGAGCUCUUCACUGUCCCACGCAUUAGACGCGCGACUCUCGCAAGCUUUACUGUGAUGAUUGCGCAGCAGAUGUGUGGUAUCAAUAUAAUCGCGUUCUACUCGUCCAGUGUUUUCCGAGAUGCCGGUUAUAAUAAUCUCAGUGCGCUCUUGGCAUCUUGGGGCUUCGGUCUCGUCAACUUUCUGUUUGCCUUUCCUGCUGUUUGGCUCCCUGUAGACGAUCGACAGUAUGUUGUAACUGUCACUCCUCGCACACUCCACUCAGCUGUUGCAGCGUUUGGGCGUCGGAAUCUGCUGCUCUGCACCUUUCCGAACAUGGCGUGGAGUCUUCUGGCUGCCGGAUUGUGUUUCCUGAUUCCAUCAGACUCAAACGCGCGUGUGCCAUUGAUCGCACUGUUCAUCUACGUCUUUGCUGCAUUCUACAGCCCCGGCGAAGGACCGGUGCCUUCUACAUACUCCUCUGAGGUGUUCCCGCUGACUCACCGAGAAAUGGGCAUGAGUUGGGCCGUGGCGACGGGAACGUUCUGGAGCUCUGUCCUCUCCGUCUCCUUCCCCCGUCUGAAAGGCGCCACCGGGAGUGUCGGUGCCUUUGGAUUCUACGCUGGCUGUAACAUCAUCGCGUUUGUGAUGAUAUUCCUCCUUGUUCCCGAAACGAAGCAGCGGACGCUCGAAGAGCUUGACUACGUCUUCAGCGUGCCAACCAGUGCUCAUGCGAGCUACCAACUGCGUGAAGCGCUGCCGUACUUUGUCAAGCGAUGGGUUUUACAGAGGAAGGACGUCCGGUUGCGGGCGCUGUACAAAUUUGAUGACAACGAAUCAGCAAUGGAUGAGAAAUGUGUCGAUUAGGUUGCAACAUGCACUCAGGGCGGCUACUUGGAGUUGAAGUUACGACUUGGCUCGCUGUAUCCUCGAACACGUCAUACCGGAACGUUUGCACGUGACCUUUGCCGUUACGCGAGCAACAAGAAAGUCGUCAUUGGGCUCAUUGCACCCGCAGAGCGCGACCUUGCACGUGAGGUCAUGUGCAAAUCAGGUGACGUAGCUGCCAGUCUGGUCUUCGUGCCUCAGCGUGGGAUCUGUGUCAUAUUGACCCACUUCAAAUCCAUGAGAUGGGCAUAUGAUGCUUGAAA